CUGAGAUGAGCGUCCCGCGUCACCACAAGGCCAAACCUGCGCACAGCGCCGCACCGCUCGUCGCUCUGCUUGACUCGCCCAACCUGCUUGACCUCGAACACGCAUCGCCAGCUUCGGGAACGACAGUUGCACCCCCUAUCGAAAAUGGCGAGAAAGAACAAGCCCAAGCAAAAGCCCAAGCAAGAGCCGAGGGCCUCCUAUACGUUUCCGUGGCUUCAUCGGGACGUCUCAAAGGCAGUCUCUGAUGAAAUCGGCUCGACGUGGUUCAACAACAAAGGCACCAAGAAAGACGCCAACAACGAAUACUCGACGAAUGUGAUGGGCGCGUUCAGAUGCGACAACGAUGGCUGCUCCACGCGUGGCUGGAGCAGCAAGACGGUGGCAAUACUUAUCAAGGGAUAUCCCGACAAUGGGUAUCACGCAGUCGUAUUCAACCAACGCUGCAGGUCCUGCAACAAGCUGGGCACCUUGACACUUGACAAGAACUCGUACGUCGAACGAGUGGCAUAUCGGCUGAACAAAUGGGGAGGUGUUUGGAUGGAGGUGCAGCCCUACAACAAGAAAGAAGGCCCACCACAUGAGCGUGAACUUUGCGAGGGCUGUAAGCGUGGUUAUUGUCAGCAAAGGUCUGACCGGGUGCUCUAAAUCGGUGCACCCCCGAUGGACCCGCCGCGGCGCCGAAGCUGUUGGCUGUGCAAGAGCUUGACCUUCCCGGGGCGCCUUUCAAUGUGCUGGGGAUGAACGACGACGAGGCUUGGUUGAGACUCGCGCUAGCGCGGUGCAUGGAGGAUAUGUGGUACAUCAGUACUUUGACUACUAUUUCUAGUACUAUAUAAGCAGCAGCUCGGACUGCCAAGGCCGCUCCUGGGCUUCCAUCUCGUCCUUGAAAUAUAUCAUCACUUGCACCUCCCGAAAUCGCCGCCGCUAAUUGAUGCCAUGGAAGCGAAACGAGACCGCUCGGGGACUCUUGACCAUGGAUGACCCUUUCGAGGCUGGCCUGGAUGAGAAGCCCUAACAUGAUGUCGUUCGUGAUGCUUUCCCUCUGUAUUUGAUCGCCAUGAUUUAGCGUGUAGAAGCGUGCUUGAGUCUGCG